UUGCGAUAGGGGCUGGAAUUCCAAUUUUCGUCGGUGCUCGCGUCGUUGGCGCUCGCGGCAUCCCUGUGCGCGUCCAUGCCUGCCGUCCAUAUGAACGACGCAUACGGGUCUGCGGCUGAACCGUCCCGACCGAUCUGGAUGCGUCACUUCGACACAUCAGAGUUCAGCGACAACCAGAAUCUCUUCGACACGAAUGCACUACCACAGCGCAAUUCUCAGCAAGGACAAGACAACUCUGCAACACAAAAUGCGUCGUACGAGGGCUUCUCCAUGGGGAUCAAAGGUCAAUCGAGAAAGACAAAGCGCACCCUGAGAUGGCGAAAGAUGCAGAAACCUUCCACGAAUCCCACCAACCCCGAAGAAGACCCAUACAGCAGAGCUACGAGCACUUCGGCUUCGAGUGCAUUCGAUUACCAGCACACUCCAAGCUGCAUACCCAAGAAUGAGACUGCCGACAAUCUGUUUUCACCAAACGAACCACCACCGCCCCCACAUGUCAAAAUGCCUCCCACAUCGCAGCCUCCUCCGGCGCCACCGUCGUUCACACCAUUCGCGUUCUCCACUCCAGACAGUUCCCCAGUACCUGCACCUCCUGUAGCCUCUGUGUGGAACGAACUUCCGACGUCCUCGUUUCACAUCGGAGUCCCGCCUGCUUCAUCCAAAGGGCGGGGGAAGCGCCCAGACGAAAUUCGACGCCGCAUCCGAAAAGAGCGCUCGGCGUCGACUGAAUUCCCGAAUCACGAAGGGAGGGCAGCCAGCGGACGGGAGACAGGGCCGCUACCGUUUGACAUCCCAUUGCCACCGUCGCCAACAGGUCAAGACAAGAAGCGCGUCGAUGACUGGGUUGAUGCGUUCAACCACAUCCACAUCGUCGACCCACCAUCCAUCUCACCAAAAUCGGUUCCCGCCGACCUUACUCCAAGUCCUGACGAACUUGACCGGCGCUUCUGCGCGCAGCACACGAUACAUCCUCCACCGAUGUCCAUGCAUCUGUCUGUCACGCGUUGCUGGGUGUGUUUGAUGGAGUUCGUGGCGGCCGUCGACCGUGUCGUGUACUGCGUCGGGUGUUCCAUUGCUCGCAACAUGUGCUCCUUAAAUGCAUGCACGCACCCGUUAGCAACGAUCCGAAGAGUCGCCAAGGCUGCUUCCACUUCAGCCAAGCCAAAAGGACGUCCCCAAGCUUGUCCAGUGCCGCCGCCUCCGCCUCCACAAUGGGUUGGACUCAAGAAGAAAGGCGGCGAAGCCUACAGUAAUGGAGACUUUGUCUUGUCCAUCGACCUGUAUUCGUCAGCACUAGAAGAUUUGGACAGGCAAUUGCUCAAGGCGCCUUGCGCUGACCUCCGUGCUGAAAAGGCCAAAGUGCUGUCGAACCGCGCCGCAGCGUUCAUGAUGAUCGACAAAAUCCAGGAAGCUCUCCAGGAUUGUGUCGCUGCCAUCGACUGCGACGGUUCCUACCUUCGUGCGCAUCUACGACUGGCCAAGUGCCACCUCCUCGUUGGGAACACCAAAAGCGCCAGGGCAAGCUAUCGCCAAGUAGACGUGAUGCUGCGAGGCAUGGACUACCGUCACCACCCCCAUCUGCAAAACUACCACACACAGUGGCAUGAAGGCCACCUUGCGACUCGAUUGUUGGAAUCGUUGAACCGCCAAACCAAGCGCCACGAGGAUGGGAAAGAUUUAAAGGCCGCCCUACGAACAACAGAAGAAGCGAUGGCGAUUGCGUUGGCGAGUCGAGAACUCCGCGUGCGCAAAAUGAAGUUGCUGGUCCAGUUGCGCGCGUACGACUUGGCGGAAGACUUCUGCAACGCGCUUGUUCGAAACGGCGCGCUGUCUGGGGUUCAUGCGCUCGGCAUUGAAAUGGCCGUGCUCUACGUACGAGCUUUGCACUACCAUGAUAAGACAAACGAAGCAAAUGCUAUUCUUCAGCAACUGCUCAAAGUGGCCCCGACCAGUGUCGACAUCUUGAACGUCAAAAACUUGUGGGAAGUGAUGACUGACUUGAGAUCAGCUGCCAACAGCGCAUUCAAGGGAGGCGACUACACAAGCGCUGUCCUGCUCUACACGAAAGCCCUGACGUUGGAUGUCGAUAACCACACGUACAACGCGACCAUCCUGGGCAAUCGCGCUGCCGCGCACAUGGCACUCAAGCUGCAUGCCAAAGCGAUUGAAGAUUGCAACUUGGCACUGGGGCACCAUCCAAUGUAUUACAAGGUGCUGCUCCGUCGGGCUCGGUGUUUCUACACGUUGAAACACUACAAGGAAAGCCUGGCCGACUUCGACGAGUACAUGGCCAAGGCAGCGCUAACUCCCAUCGAGCAGAAGGACAUUGGUCGGGAGAGGGACCAAGUCAAGAACGACUGGGACAAGGCACGUCGCCCUCCAUCGCCCAACUACAGCCAAAGUUGGGACGACUUCGACGAUUUUGAUACGUAUCACUCGUACUCAGCGUUCGGAGGAUAUCGACAGCACGACAACCAGCGCAGCGACCGGUCGCGACAGAACAAGCCCAAGGUUCACAAGUCUCGUCAGCAGCAGUAUGGCCACCAUUCCAACUACCAACGGUCCCAAUCCCACGCGAAGCCACCAACUCCGCGCUACGUUUCCCCGGGACCAACGCAUUACGACGUGCUGCGGGUGACAGCCACCGCGACGCUCGACGAAAUCAAGAAGUCGUAUCGAAAGCUCGCCCUGAUGUAUCAUCCAGACAAAGCCAAAUCUGUCGAAGACGGCGAACUGUUUAAGGGCAUGUCUGCCGCAUAUGCCGUGCUGUCGGACGUGCACCUGAAAGCAGCCUACGACAAAGAGCUCCGAUACGGUUCCUAUUAACCCAAGGACGUGUACAAUCGCGGGAUAUUUCAUUGCGACGGGAAGGCGGAGAUGGGGCGAGCAGAUGGAGGAGACGGGAGGCUGCGGUAGAAGGCCAAUAUGGUUGGUUGGGACUUCAAGCUGCGGCGAACCCGCCGCUUCUCGCUCAGAUACUGCUGAACUUCUUCCGGGCUCCAUCCCGUGGACUGCAGGAGCCAGCAAAAGGCGACAGCGGCACUUCGCCCGGCGCCAGCUUUGCAAUGGAUGUACACUCGCGCCCCUUGGGACUUGUGGAGUUCGAUGAACGCGAUGGCUUGGCGGAUGUCGUCUAGGGUCGGCUCCGUGUGAUCCUACUCAACAUGUUGGUGAUCCAUGAAAGGUGGUUUGGAAGAAUAUACUGGCGUAGGAAGGCGAAGCUGCUUGAUGCCUGCUUUCUUGUACGCGUGCACAGGCCCCUCGUAUUCAUCGCACAUAUUCACUACACCUCGAACACCGCGGGAUGCCAUCUGCGACACAUGGCCCAUGAAUUCCAUUGGUGCUGCUCCAACAAACACAUGCGAGUCAACCAGCGUAUAGUAGGCAGUUCGUCGUGAGAGGUAAGUCAAUGGCCAUGUCGGAAAGAAGUAAACUUUGCUCACAACGCUUGCGAUAGAUCUUGGGAGCAGGUGCAGUUGGAACGCCACGUACACGAUCCCAGCGGCCACUGACACUGCCGCCGUUGCUCGCAUGAGAUCGGCUGUCAUGUUGAC